CACUAAGGUGAGGAAGUAGUGAAGUGAGUUUAAAGUGAAGUGAAGCUUUUGGAGUUUAUUUAAAAAAAAAUGGUGUGCAAUUGUACCCUAAUAUUCUACGGUGUGGUCACUUUGGUGAUCCUCGCUUAUUUAUGGAUUAAAAAGAAAUACAGAUUUUUUGAGGAAAGAGGAAUCCCAUUUGUUACACCGAAAUUUCCUUUGGGAAAUCUAUGGGGAGUUGGAUCAAAGAGGCAUACUGGAAUGUUUGUUCGUGAAAUGUACUCGAAGUUAAAAGGAAGAGAUGUACUUGGCGGAGUCUUCUUUUUUAUUCGGCCAGUAGUGAUGCCAUUGGAUUUGGACUUAAUAAAGCAUAUAUUGGUAAAAGACUUCCAAUAUUUCCAUGAUCGAGGAAUCUAUGUCAAUGAACGAGAUGAUCCACUCUCUGGACACUUGUUUGCCCUCUCUGGACAAAGAUGGAAGCAUUUGCGGACAAAAUUGAGCCCAACUUUUACAUCUGGCAAAAUGAAAAUGAUGCACAGCACGAUUAUUGCUGUUGCUCAAGAAUUUCAACAAUUUUUGGGAGAAUGUGCAAAUAAGAAGGAAGAAGUUGAAAUUAAAGAUAUUUUGGGUCGUUUCACAACAGAUGUUAUUGGAAGUUGUGCCUUUGGCGUUGAGUGCAAUAGUUUGAAUGAUCCGGAUACCGAAUUUCGCAGGAUGGGAAAGAAAGUGUUCGAUUUUAAAGGCUUUGAGUUCUUGAAAUUAUUCUUCUUGUCAAUGUUUCCAGAUAUUGGCAGAGCUCUUCACAUCAGAGCAACAAAAGUUGAUGUUUCAGAAUUCUUUAUGAGACUUCUGAGAGAAACUAUUGACUACCGUGAGAAGAACAAUGUGAAAAGAAAUGAUUUUCUUUCCUUACUAAUACAAAUUAAGAAUACCGGAAAACUGGAGGGUGAUGAUGUUGAUCUCGGUACAAUGAGUUUUGAGGAGCUGGCAGCUCAAACGUUCCUUUUCUUCAUUGCUGGUUUUGAAACAUCAUCGUCUACGAUGACUUUUGCACUCUAUGAAUUGGCCCAAGACCAAAAGGUUCAGAAUCAAGCGAGGGAAGAAGUUAACAGAAUUCUUGAAAAGUACAAUGGCCAGUAUACUUACGAAGCUUGUAUGGAAAUGAAAUAUAUCGAUCAGAUCAUUAAAGAAACAUUAAGGAUGCACCCAAUUGUACCAAACUUGAUAAGAAGCCUGACCAAGGAUUACACAAUUCCUGAUCGUAACCUCGCUUUCAAAAAGGGAACCUUCUUCAGUAUCCCCGUAUUUGGUAUCCACCGCGAUGCAGAUAUCUAUCCUGAGCCAAAUAAAUUUGAUCCUGAUCGAUUCACCGAAGAGAAUAUCAAGAAUCGACAUCAAUAUUCAUGGCUCCCGUUCGGAGAUGGUCCACGGAAUUGCGUUGGCAUGAGAUUCGGAAUGAUGCAGACUAGGGUUGGUUUGGCUACUCUACUAAGCAAAUACAGGAUUACUCCGACAUCUAGAACACCAAUUCCAAUGGAAUAUGAACCAACCAGUGCAGUUCUUUCCCCGAAAGGUGGAAUGUGGCUGAAGAUUGAAAAAAUCUAAAGUAUGCCUAACAUAUUGCAUUUCUUCUUUUAUCAUUACAUAGUGACGAAGCAUUUUGAUAAUGUCUAAUGACUGUACUAUGACUUGUAAAUUUUUCAAGUUGCUUUUAGGUGUUUUAAUAAAUAGUAUGUGACACAAACUUACAAACGAAAGAUAGAGAUUUGAAAACUAAUCUAAUAGAAAUAGAAAUAGAAAUCUAAUUGCUGCAACCUGUUGUAUAAUUAAAAGUAUUAUCUACCUCAUGUACUAGACACCUGUACUUACUAUGUAAAUUAUACAAUUCAAUGUUACUUACUUUACCUAUAUAUAUAACGAAAAAUAUAAGGAAAAUUUUAAUCUAAUCUGUUGUCCAUGUUUCCUUCAUGUGAGUUUUCAACGAUUUUUUGCGUCGCGUCUUUCACGAUAGAUUGAAAGCUUAAGUCAUCCAUUAUACAAUUUUUAUGUAGAAGCUAAUCUUUUUGUGACCUCCAGAUGUUCUAUAAGACUUCCUCCAUUUGGGGGAAAAUCAUUCAAUUUGGCUUAAUUUACCAUUCACAUAUACACAUUAAAAGCCAAGCUAACGCGAAAACAAUGCGUUAUGUGUAUGAGAUCUUUUUGUUAUGGUAUAGGAAUGGUAAAUUUGCUUUACAAAAUAUUUACACAUUAAAAUUUUAUUUGCAAAAAGGUUUAAACUAUGUUUUACUAUUUAAAAAAUAAAUUUAUCAAAUGUCUGAAAAUAAAAUUCACAACUUUGAAGCAUAAUUAAAUUAAAUUAAAUUUUUAUCACUGUAAAAUUUUAAUGGAAGUGCAAUAUAAUUGUUUUUUGGGAGCUUAUAAUUUUGCUAUUAACUUAUAUUUUUGAGAGAACAAAAAGCACUAUACAUAUAAAUGUUUAAUCUCUCUGUACAACAAUAUAGUGUGUAAAAUAUAUAAGCACUUUAAUUAUAAUAUAAUUUUUGCCCUGGUACACUUUUUAUAACAUAAGGGGGUCACAUAAAAAAACAAGUACUCUGCGUUGAUACCACUGCUU